GUAACACUCUGAACAUACAGAUACAGCACACACAUCUCCAACACGCUUUAGCUAAAGCAUUAAGAAUGAAGUUCAGAGUAGCAGUUCUUCUGCUUCUGUACAAAUGUCUUGUUUUCUCGACAGAACCUGCCGCCUCAGAACCAACUUGUCCUUUGAAAACAUGCUCAGAUGUACUGAAGAAACUACAAGAUCUGGAAAUCAGACUUGCUGAGAUUGAGGAACUCAGAAGGGAUAAACAAGACAAAGACUUUGUUCCCAAGACCAGGAAGGACUUCCUACAAUAUUCCCAACAGAUCACUCUGGAUCUGAACACAAUGAAUAAACACCUCCGUCUGUCUGAGAAUAACACACUGAUUAUUCGCACUGACACACUGCAGUCGUAUCCUGAUCAUCCAGACAGAUUUGAUGGUUCGUCUAAUUGUCAGGUGUUGUGUAGAGAGAGUGUGAGUGAUCGACGCUCUUACUGGGAGGUUGAGUGGACUGGAGAAUAUGGGUGGAUAUCAGUGUCAUAUAAGAGCAUCUGCAGGAAGGGAUGGAUUGAGUGUAUGUUUGGAUGGAAUAAUCAGUCCUGGAGUUUGAGCUUCUCUUCAAUCCUUGGUUACUCAUUCAGACACAAUAACAUACAGACUAAACUCCCUGUAAAGCCCAUCAGCAGUGGAAUAGGAGUGUAUGGAUUGGCUCACUAUAGAAUAGGAGUGUAUGUGGAUCACAGUGGAGGAACUCUGUCCUUCUACAGCGUCUCUGGAGACACAAUGAUCCUCAUCCACACAGUCCAGACCACAUUCACUGAGCCGCUCUAUCCUGGGUUUGGGUUUAGUCUUGGAUCAUCAGUGAAACUGAUUUGAUGAAUCAGAACAGAGAGAUUCUACCCAUAAUGCUUUGAGCUGUUGAUGAAUCAGAUGUUAUAGAGUCUCUUCAUUACAUUAAUACUGUGACACUGAAAUAUCAUGUCAAUAAAAGUGUGCAACACAGA